AAGCGAGAACCCGCCGAGCGGCGGCUCGUCCCGCCAAUGAGCGGCGGAGAGGGGCGGGGUUGCUUCCCGGAAGUGGCAAGCGGCGCGGAGAGCAGCUGCUGGGUGGCAGAGGUGGCUGAGGGUCGCAGCCAUGUCGGAGCGGAAGGUGUUGAAUAAAUACUACCCACCGGACUUCGAUCCUGCUAAGAUCCCGAAGCUCAAACUCCCAAAGGACCGACAGUAUGUGGUGCGGCUCAUGGCCCCGUUCAACAUGCGGUGCAAGACGUGUGGCGAAUACAUCUAUAAAGGGAAGAAGUUUAAUGCCCGUAAGGAGACUGUUCAGAAUGAAGUGUACCUGGGACUUCCCAUCUUCCGCUUCUACAUCAAGUGCACACGUUGCCUGGCAGAGAUCACUUUCAAGACAGAUCCCGAGAACACAGACUACACCAUGGAACACGGUGCCACUCGCAACUUCCAAGCUGAGAAGCUCUUGGAGGAAGAGGAGAAAAGAAUGCAGAAGGAGAGGGAAGAGGAAGAGCUCAACAAUCCCAUGAAGGUCCUGGAGAACCGAACCAAGGACUCCAAGCUGGAAAUGGAGGUUCUGGAGAACCUGCAGGAACUGAAGGAACUCAACCAACGCCAGGCAAACGUGGACUUUGAGGCCAUGCUGAAGCAGUACAAGGAGUAUGAGGAGGAGCAGAAGCGCAAGGAGCAAGAGGAGGAUGAGCAGGAGAUGAAGGCAAUGCUGGAGGAGGCGCAGAACCGGCGGCUGCUGGUAGACUCCGACUCUGACGAAGAGCCUGCGAAAUCACGCACAAAACCUGUGGCAGAAGUUAAACCUACGGACAUCUUGCAGGAGGCCCCUCAGCCCCAGAUUAAGAAGAUGAAGACCGAGAGCUGGGAGCGGAGCGUGGGCAAAUUGAACACCAAGUCCCAGCUGGCUGGGCUGGUCACGGUGAAGAAGCAGAAGCCAGAUCCUACACUGGCUAAUGGGAUGGAAAAUCAAGGCACCACGGCCAACACCGGUAACUGCUGACGUGGGGAUGGCUCGUUUCCCACAGCAACGGGCACCACAUCCUCUCUGAGCUUGUUGGGGGCGUAUUCGGACAGCGAGGACAGUGCGAGUGACUGAUGAGCGACCGAGCUGGCCCGGAACAGAGAUCGUGGGCUGUUCCCCCUCCCGGCUGGCAGCAGCUGCUCUCCAGAGCCCAGCAUGGAGCUGGCAGCGCAGCCGUCGCGCCCAGCGGGGGCUCCAGGCCAUCUGGAGUCCCCACGUUGUCACCUGCCCAGCCCAGGGUGUGCGCCCAUCCUCCAACAGGGACGAGGACCCGCAGAGCGAGAAGUUGGCUUCCUCAGAGGAGGGUAUCGCUGCUGCGUUGCAGAUGAAAGCCCUGACGCUGUCCCAGGCCGGCUGUGCCCAAACCCAGUGUCCAGCCAUCCCCAGAGCACAGUGUGCCCCAGCCACACACCCAUAAGGCGUUCGGAAGCGCUGGGACUGUGUAUUUUCUCUAUUUUGCACUCACCCCUAUGCUGGUCACCCUUGGGCUGGGGUGUGUGACUUCCUCACCCUCCCAUGUCAAUAAAGGGACCUUGUGGCCUUCUUGCCCCCCUGCCCUGUGUCCCUGCAGGGGCAGGCAAGAGCUCGUCACCCCUCUUUUGCCACAGGAGGACCCACCACCACUCCACUGGUCCUGGGUGCCUCCUGACCCCACUGUGGGGCUCAGAUCCCACCCCAUGAGCCCAAAUCCCCCGUUGUUUUGCUGUUAGAGGUGACACAUUCUGCAGGCAUGGACUCGGGAGGCUCACACGUCCCCAUGCUGCAGGGACAGGGCUGCCACCAGCCUCCCUCCCCUGCCCAGGUCCCCCACACCCCCGCUGUCCCCAGCAGUUUGGUGACAGACCCCUCCUCACCGUUUGGGUUCGCUCAGCUCGCUGGCAGCCGCAGACCAAUAAUAAAUGGGAUGUGUCAGA